AUGAAGAAAUUUGAUCUUGUGAUCUCUUUCUUUAAUCAGAUGGAGAUUCUUGGAAUCAAGCAUGAUCUUUAUACAUACAAUAUUGUAAUUAAUUGUUUAUGUCGAUGUUCUCGAUUCUCUGUUGCUUUAUCUGUUAUUGGGAAGAUGAUAAAGCUUGGUUUCGAGCCUGAUGUUGUCACGCUUAGCUCUUUGAUCAAUGGAUUUUGUCAGAGGAAUAGAGUUUUUGAUGCUGUUUCAUUGAUUGUGAAAAUGGAGGGAAUUGGAUGUAGACCUGAUGUUGUGAUUUACAACACGAUUAUCGAUAGUUUUUGCAAGAACCGAUUGGUGAAUGACGCGUUGGAACUGUUUGAUCAGAUGGAGAAAGACGGUGUUAGAGCGGAUGCUGUUACUUAUAACGCGCUUGUGACGGGUCUUUGUAGUUCUGGUAGAUGGAGCGAUGCUGCUUGGUUAUUGAGUUAUAUGACGAUGAGGAAUGUUGUCCCGAAUGUAAUCACUUUCACUGCAUUGAUCGAUGCGUUUGUGAAAGAUGGGAAUUUUUUGGAAGUGGAGAGAUUGUAUGAAGAGAUGAUCCAAAGGUCUAUAGAACCCGAUGUUUUUACUUACAAUUCGAUGAUCAAUGGGCUUUGUAUGCAUGGUCGGUUAGAGGAGGCCAAACAUAUGGUUGAUUUGAUGGUAUCAAAGGAUUGCUUCCCCGAUCUUGUGACUUAUAAUACUCUCAUAAACGGGUUUUGCAAGUCGAAAAGGGUAGAAGAUGUGAAGAAACUCUUCAUCGAGAUGUCUCAAAGAGGAUUAGUUGGCGAUACAGUUACUUACAACACUAUUAUCCAAGGUUAUUUUCAAAUGGGUAAACUAGAUGCUGCCCAAGAAGUUUUCAGACGGAUGGACUCUCGGGGCGUGCCUCUCAAUAUUAGGACCUACAGCAUUUUGUUAGAUGGAUUUUGUAAUAACGGGAAGGUAGAGAAAGCAUUGGUGUUAUUCGAGAAUAUGCAAAAGAGCGGAAUGGAUCUCGAUAUUACUACGUAUAAUAUCGUGAUUCACGGGAUGUGCAAAGCCGGUAAUGUGGAAGAUGCGUGGGACUUGUUUUGUAGUCUCGCCUUUAAUGGAGUUAAACCUGAUAUUGUAUCAUACACUACGAUGAUCUCAGGCUUUUGUAGGAAACGGCUUUGGCAUGAAGCUGAUGAGUUGUAUAGAAAAAUGCAAGAAGAUGGAAAUCUUACACUGUAA